AUGGCGGCGUCAGUAGCGACCGGGCAGCUGCGGUGGGCCGUUCGAAGGACGCCCCCCUGGCCGGGCCCGGGCCGUCGGCCGCACUCAUCCCAGCCCCCUCCAACCGCGGCCGCCGCCGUUCGCAGCGCCUUCCUGAGCUUCUUUCGGGACCGCCAUGGCCACCGCGUGGUGCCCUCGGCUUCCGUGCGGCCCCGCGGGGACCCCACUUUGCUUUUCGUCAAUGCCGGCAUGAACCAGUUCAAGCCGAUCUUCCUGGGUACCGUGGAUCCCCGCAGUGAGAUGGCGAGCUUCCGAAGAGUGGCCAACAGCCAGAAGUGUGUGAGGGCUGGAGGCCGCCAUAGCGAUCUUGAGGAUGUGGGCCGGGACCUCUCUCAUCAUACCUUCUUUGAGAUGCUUGGCAAUUGGGCCUUUGGGGGGGAAUAUUUUAAGGAGGAAGCUUGCAGCAUGGCCUGGGAACUGCUGACUCAGGUCUACAGGAUCCCUGAGGACAGGCUCUGGGUCUCUUAUUUUGGUGGUGACCCCAAGAUGGGGCUUGGCCCAGAUGUGGAAAGCAGGGACAUCUGGCUCAGCUUAGGGGUACCUAUCAGCCGUGUGCUUGCCUUUGGACCACAAGAGAACUUCUGGGAGAUGGGGGACACUGGCCCCUGUGGGCCUUGUACCGAGAUCCACUAUGACCUCGCUGGAGGGGUGGGAGCCCCUCAGCUGGUGGAGCUGUGGAAUUUGGUCUUCAUGCAGCAUAACAGAGAAGCCGAUGGGAGCCUGCAGCCCCUGCCGCAGCAGCAUGUGGACACGGGGAUGGGCCUGGAGAGGCUGGUGGCGGUGCUGCAGGGCAGGUGCUCCACCUACGACACGGACCUCUUCUCCCCGCUGCUCAGCGCCAUCCACCAGGGCUGUGGGGCACCCCGUUACCAGGGCCAGGUCGGGGCGCUGGACGAGGGGCGCACGGACACGGCCUACCGAGUAGUGGCCGACCACAUCCGCACCCUCAGUGUCUGCAUCGCUGACGGCGUUUCCCCGGGGAUGUCGGGUGCCCCACUGGUUCUCCGACACAUCCUGCGGCGUGCCGUGCGGUUCUCUGCCGAGGUGCUGCGGGCUCCCCCCGGCCUCCUCAGCAGCCUGGUGCCGGUGGUGGUGGAGACACUGGGAGACGCCUACCCGGAGCUGGGGAAGAAUGCAGAGCAGAUAGCCCGCGUGGUGUCGGAGGGCGAGGCCGCCUUCCUGGCCUCCCUAGAGCGGGGCCGGCGCAUCAUCGACAGGACCCUGAAGCGCCUGGGACCUUCUGACCUGUUCCCAGCUGAGGUCGCCUGGUCCCUGUCACUCUCCGGGAACCUGGGGAUCCCCCUGGACCUGGUGGAGCUGAUGCUGGAAGAGAAAGGGGUGCAGCUGGAUUCUGCUGGGCUGGCCCGCCUGGCCCAGGAGGAGGCCCAGCACCACGCGCGGCAGGCCGAGCCGGCACAGGAGCAGGGGCUGCAGCUCGACGUCCGCGCGCUGGGGGAGCUGCAGCGCCAAGGGCUUCCCCCCACCGACGACAGCCACAAGUACGACUACUCCCUGCACCCCAGCAGGGGUUACGAGUUCAGCCCCUGUGAGGCGCAGGUCCUGCAGCUGUACACCGAGGACGGAAAAGCCGUGGCCGCCGUGGGGGGCGGCCAGCGCUGUGGCCUCCUCUUGGACCGGACCAACUUCUACGCUGAACAGGGGGGCCAGGCUUCAGACCGGGGCUACCUGGUGCGGGCGGGGCAGCAGGACGUGCUGUUCCCAGUGACACGCGCCCAGGUCUGCGGGGCCUUCAUCUUGCAUGAGGUGGUGGCCCCUGAGUGCCUGCAGGUGGGGGACCAGGUGCAACUGCACGUGGACAAGGCCUGGCGCCUGGGCUGCAUGGAGAAGCACACAGCCACCCACCUGCUGAGCUGGGCGCUGCGGCAGGCCCUGGGCCCCAGCACGGAGCAGCGGGGCUCCCACCUCAGCCCCGAUCGGCUGCGCUUCGACGUGGCCACCCAGGCGCCCUUGAGCCCAGAGCAGCUCCGGGUGGUGGAGGGAACUGUGCGCCAAGCUGUGGAGCAGGAUGAGGCCGUGUACACAGAGGAAGUGUCCCUGGCGCUCACGGCCCGUGUGCCAGGCCUGCGCUCCCUGGACGAGGUGUAUCCGGACCCUGUGCGGGUGGUGUCGGUGGGGGUUCCUGUGGCCCAGGCCCUGGACCCGGCCUCCCAGGCGGCACUGCAGACAUCUGUGGAGCUGUGCUGUGGCACACACCUGCUCCGCACCGGGGCGAUUGGGGACCUGGUCAUCACGGGGGAACGCCAGCUCACCAAGGGCACCACCCGCCUGCUGGCAGUCACUGGGGAGCAGGCCCAGCAGGCCCGCGAGGUGGGCCAGCGCCUGGCCCAGGAGGUCGAGGCGGCCGCUGAGCGACUGAACCGGGGCAGCCGGGACACCGUGCAGGCACAGAGGCUUUCCAAGGACAUGGGCCGGCUCUCAGACGCGGUGGACACGGCCCUGAUGCCCCAGUGGCAGCGGCGGGAGCUGCAGGCCGCUCUGAAGACACUGCAGCGGCGUGCCAACACCGCCGUCCGGAAGCUGGAAGUGGGCCAGGCUGCCCAGAAAACCCAGGAACUGCUUAAACGGCACUCAGAGGGGCCCGUGAUCGUAGACACCGUCUCUGCUGAGUCCCUCUCGGUGCUGGUAAAGGUGGUCCGGCAACUGUGUGAGCAGGCGCCCCACACCUCCGUGCUGCUGCUCAGCCCCCAGCCCCUCGGCCGCGUGCUGUGUGCCUGCCAGGUGGCACAGGGUGCCACACCAGCCUUCACAGCGGAGGCCUGGGCGCUGGAGGUGUGCCGCCACAUGGGGGGUAAGGCCUGGGGCUCCCGGGUGGUGGCCCAGGGCACCGGAAGCACCUCGGACCUGGAAGCUGCCCUGAGCAUGGCCCGAGCCUACGCCCUCAACCAGCUCUGACCCAGGGCGCCCCGCCCCCUAACCCCUGGGAGCUCGGAUGAGUCCAGAUGGGGGGGGACACGCUGGUGGCUGGAGCCCUGGAGGAGCCUGAGAACAGCCCCUGAGCCUGAAGCCCAGGACUGGAGACCGGAAUCCAGCUGCUGAACUGAAGAAGGGCGCCCCCGCCAAGGCUGCCACAUGGACUGGGGACGGCAGAGGGGCCCAGUCACCUCCCUCCCCACAGUGUGAGUGUGAAGAUACAGGUUUUCUGCCUGUGCUCAUUAAAAAGUAUUUCACAGA